AUGGAUAAAGCCAAAGAAAACUAUGUUCCAAGACCCGUUAAGGUGACACUUCCACUUGGCGAUGGUCCAAAACGAGUCCCGGUGACGUUGCCAUUUCCUUCUCAUAACCCAUUAUCUGCAAGCAGUGGCCAGGCCCAGCGUGUCUUGUGCCCUUCGAAUUCCUCCCAGAAUGCCCCGUCACAAACACAAAAGCUGGUCUCCAACCGGAAGCCAGUUCAGGGUCAGAAGCGGAAACCAGUGCCAACAACCACUGUCACUCGUCCUGUCUCCAGGGCACCAAACAACACCCCAAAGAGCGAGCCGGCCCAGCCGCCUGCAGCUGGUAAAGUAGCAAUCCUGGAAAGGAACUGGCAUCAAAACAGAAAAAAGAAGAAACAAAAAAGUAAGCAAUGGACUUUGGAGGAUUUUGAAAUUGGCCGGCCGCUGGGUAAAGGAAAGUUUGGUAAUGUUUAUCUGGCGAGAGAAAAACAAAGCAAAUUCAUCCUGGCUCUGAAGGUGUUGUUUAAAGCCCAGCUAGAAAAGGCAGGGGUUGAGCAUCAGGUGAGAAGAGAAGUAGAGAUACAGUCCCACCUUAGGCAUCCCAACAUUCUCAGGCUGUAUGGUUAUUUCCACGAUGCCACCAGAGUUUACCUCAUCCUGGAAUAUGCACCCCUCGGGACCGUCUAUCGAGAACUUCAGAAGCUUUCCAAGUUUGAUGAGCAGAGAACUGCUACUUAUAUCACACAGUUGGCCGAUGCCUUGUCGUACUGUCAUUCCAAGAAAGUUAUCCACAGAGACAUUAAGCCUGAGAACCUGCUGCUGGGGUCGACCGGUGAGCUGAAGAUUGCAGAUUUCGGGUGGUCAGUCCAUGCCCCAUCUUCCAGGAGGACCACUCUGUGUGGUACCCUGGACUACCUGCCUCCCGAGAUGAUCGAGGGCCGCAUGCAUGAUGAGAAGGUGGACCUCUGGAGCCUCGGUGUCCUCUGCUACGAAUUCCUCGUUGGGAAACCUCCCUUUGAGGCAAGCACAUACCAGGAGACCUACAACAGAAUUUCCCGGGUUGAGUUUGCGUUCCCUGACUUGGUUACGCUGGGAGCCCGGGACCUCAUCUCUAAACUGUUGAAGCACAAUCCCAACCACAGGCUGGGGCUAAAGGAGAUCAUUGAGCACCCCUGGACUACCGCCAACUCCUCAAAACCACCAAGCAACCAGAACAAAGAGCCAGCCAGCCAAUAG